UGCCAGGCGGUAAGGUAGUGUAUUCAUGUGUUUAUUAAACUGCUGAUGUGACACUUGAAAAUGUGAAAAUUGUAGGAUGUUCCGUGUUUAGUUUAUUCGCGGAGAUUUCUGAUUAAAUUGGAACUUUCCCCAGCCAUCCAGUCACAACUCUACACAACGAUGUCCUCCUCUGUCUUUAAAGAAUUCCAAGAAGAUAACACUUACGCCCCAUUUCUGGCGGAUGACUUUGAUGUCCAAAGUCAUGCCAGUCAGCUGGUCCAAGGCGUUAUUAUUGCAGAACAGCUUAACAAACUUACUUUAGGAAUCAAUCGACUGGAGCGGGAGAUAGAAAGCCAGGUUGGGAGUCACUAUGAGGACCUGUUGUCUCAAGCCACAGGGGUGGAGACCCUUGAAGAUGUACUUAAUACCAUGCAUACCAGAAUCCAGACACUUUUGGCUGGAGUGGAGAGGCUGAGAGUAAGAGUGGUUGAUCCAUACCAGAGGGUGGAGAGACACACAUUGGUUUUGGGGAGACUUCAGGCCACGUGUGAACUUCUCAGACGUGUCAUUCGUUGUCUAAUGUUAUCGCAGAGAUUACAACAACAACUGUCAAGUGAACCAAGAGAUAUCACCAAGGCUGCCAUUAGUCUCAGUGAGCUAGAUCAUUUGGGACGUGAUGUGGACUUAACAGGGCUGGAAGUGCUAGAACGAGACCAAAGGCUGGUACGGCAGGCACGCUCGGACGUUGAGAAACAAGCAGUUGUGAUGAUGGACCGUGGCAUGGAGCUUCAGAAUCAGACACAGGUUGGAACAGCUCUACAAGUCUUCCAUAAUUUAGGGAUCCUGGUGCCAAGUGUAGAAAAGGUGUUGGAUUCCCUCAUUGCUAGACUGAACAGGAGUGUCUCAUUAACACUCGAUGUGAACGCCCUCAUGCAGAUAAGUCAGGAUACUAGAAAAAGUGGUCCUGGGAAAGCCAUCAUGCCUGGACCAGGUCAGUCAGUACAGUUCCGAGCUUCUCUCUGGUCUAAUCUGGAGAAGUUGAUGGAUGACAUUUAUCAUGCCUGUGUCCAAACAUCACACCUACAUAAGGUUUUAGCAAAGAAGAGGGACCCUGUUACCCAUGUGUGUUUUCUAGAAGAAGUACAAUGUCAUAGUAACAGUGAUCUGUUUACUAAAGUUUGGCGAAAUAUUACUCGAAUCCUAACAGAGGAAUUUGCCAAAGCUGCACAAGACUCUACAUUCAUUCGUCAGUACCUAGAAGUAGACUACCCCAAGCUUAUACGUCUGUAUGGAGACCUUUGGCGGAGGUUGGAGGGCAUUAGUAUGGAGAUGAGGAAUGUUAAUGCGGACAUGUCUGCAUCUGUGUUGGAUAGUGAUGUCCAAGAUAAAGAGGAAGAAGAUAAGAAAGAUAGAGAGACACAAGAAUUUGAUCCGGAGCAAGCCUUGAGAUGUACUCUUGUGCCCCUCGAGGAAGCAUAUUUGUCUCGUUCUCGCUCACGACUGUUAGAUCCUGUCAACCUAAUGUUUGCUGCCCAGGAUGCACCACCUGCUAAGGAUGAAGUCGAUGCUCUCAUUAAAACAAUUACAAGUGAAUUGAAUGUAUCUGCCGUUGAUAAAUCUUUGAGUAAGACUGUGGCCCGAAAUGUGGCAGAAUCACUCCAGCUGUUCUGUGUCAAGUGCCGACAGCUUGUUGUCACGAGUGGGGAGGCCAGCCAAGUUAUCGGUUCCCCCACACCUGCACAAGUAUUGAAUGCAGCAGUGGUUAACCAGCUUUUAUAUGUGAGGAGUCAAGUGGAACGCACUGCAUCAGCCACACUCGCUCAUCUGCCACAGCCAGUAACCAGUAUGCUAUUACAGGCUUUACCAUCCAUUGAUUCGUUGAUGUCCUCUGCGGUUCAGCCACUUGUCGAUUCCAUCACAGAUGCUAUAGAGGCAAUUAUCCUCACCAUGCACAGUGAAGACUUCUCAGGAGGUGACACAGGAGGAACUGAUUCUCAGUGUUCGCUGUACCUAAAGGAACUCCAGGGAUUCAUCACCCGGGCAGCAGAUGAUUAUCUGGCCAUUUAUCAACCAUCAAACAUCAUUAAGGAAAAGAUUCAUACACUGGCUUGCCGUUGCUUAGACCUAUUUGUACGCCAUGCAAGUUUACUACGACCCAUUGGAGAAGGUGGGAAGUUACGUCUUGCUGCUGACUUUGCUCAGAUGGAACUGGCAAUCAGUCCUCUGUGUAGUCGACCCUCAGAGCUUGGCAGGCCAUAUCGUAUUGUGAGAUCAUUUAGACCGCUGUUGUUCCAAACAGUGCAACACGUCAUUGCCUCUCCCAGCAUUGGUGAUGUUAUUCCUUACUCAACAGUUCUCCAUUUCCUGUUUGCCAAGGCCCCACCAGAGUUAAGGUCACCUCACCAGACUGCUGGUUGGUCUGUGAGUCGCUACAGUAACUGGUUGGAUGAACACCAAGAUGAACGGGAGCGACUGCAGCUCGUUAGAGGUGCCCUGGAAGCUUAUGUUGCCAGUGUCAGAUCUCGUCACCUCACUCAGUUUGCCUCUGUGUAUCCAUCUAUGCUCAAACUCUUGGAAAAAGGAAUGGCUGCUUAUGGAAUAACAGCCAAUACUUAGAGUUAAUAAGAAUUUAUCUAGGUAUUACAUUUUCUUGGGAAUUGUGUUGUGGUAAAAUUCCCGGUCUUAAAUUUUGGCAUCAAACCAGUGACUACUAGUUAUAUCAAUAAGUGAAACGUGUGCAUUACCAUCUGAACUGGCAGUCAUCUCUUUCAGAAGGGUGCCAAUCUAUACAGUGAUCCCUCGGUUAACGAGCGCCUCAGUUAACGAGAUUUCGGUUAGCGAAUUACCUUCCAUAAGAUUCUUAACUUCGGUUAACGAGCAAUCCCUCGAUUAACGAAUUU